GCAUAGAUCAAAUCCUCGUUCCUUCCCCGGAUACGCCAUGGCCAAGUCUUCCCAUUUCGCAUGUGGUUGGAGCUAGCGCAGGUUCCCUGGAACUAUGGCUUGGACCUCACAAUGGCACUGAAGGAAGCUGAGGGGCUGGACUGGAGCUCCUUUCAGAAAUGUCGCUUUGAGCCUGGCGCGCUGGCAAAUGCGGGUCCACUACGGGAUGACCGCGACAUCGUCCUGGCCGCCGUUGAAAGCUCCGGCUAUGCCCUGCAGUUUGCGUCGCCCAGGCUGCGGGGCGACCGGGAGGUGGUGGUGAAGGCCAUCACUCAGAGCCCCGAGGCCUUGGCCUUCGCGUCUGAGAAGCUGCGGGCGGACAAGGAGCUGGUGCUGGAGGCGGUGAAGAGCUGCCCCAGUGCCCUGGACUUCGCCUCCAAGCAGCUCAAGGGCGACAAGGAUUUGGUCGUUUUCGUGCGGAGUUCUUCGGAGGAAGUGGUGCUGGCGGCUACCUUGAAGUUUGCUGAGCCGCGGCUCCUGGAUGACGAGGAGGUGAUGCUGGCGGCGGCGCGGAACUCCCCGGCGACGCUGCGCUACGCCUCCCUGCGGAUCCAGAAGAGCGCGGACCUGGUCUUGCGUGCGGUGCAGAGCAAUCCCGGGGUGCUAUUCCACGCCCACGAGAGCCUCCGCAACAGCAAGGACUUCAUUUUGCGGGUCGUGAAGUGCCGGGGAGACGCGUUGAGGUGUGCGGAGAAGUUUCGAGAGGAUAAAGAGGUGGUGCUGCUGGCAGUGCGCCAGAACGGCCACACUCUUGCCUUCGCCUCCGAAAGCCUGAAGGACGACAGGGAGGUGGUCUUGGCGGCCACCAACACCCGGGGCAGCUCCUUGGUCCACGCCUCCGCGCGCCUGCGCCAAGAGCGCGCCGUGGUGCUCUCCGCGGUGAGUCAAGAUGGCUCCGCCUUAGCUUAUGGCAGCGAUGACUUCAGGAAGGACCGAGAGUUCAUCUUGCUGGCGGUGGCGCUGAACGGUCUCUGCCUGCAGUACGCCUCUGCGGAGCUGCGCGCGGACCGUCAAGUGGUGCUGCAGGCCAUCCGAUCCAAACCCUCCGCGUUGGAGCAUGCGGACUCCAGGCUGAAGCGCGACCGGGAGAUCGUGCUGGCGGCGAUGUGCCAAAACCCGGACUCGCUGGGCUUCGCGUUGGAUUCCGUCAAGAACGACGACAUCUUCAUGAUCUCUGCCAUCGCCAGGCAACCACAAACCUUGCAGUUCGCGUCCGAGCGCCUACGCGGCAACAAGGACGUGGUGCUGGGAGCCAUCAAAGGCAUGCCGGGAGCCGUGGAGUAUGCUGCAGACAGCUUGAGGCAGGAUCCCGACUUCCUGCGGCGAGCGCUGCAGAUCAACGUGGAGGUCUUCCAGCACCUGGGGGACCUCAAGUCCGACCGGACCCUGGCAUCAAUGGCUCUGCGCUUCCACGGCUCCAUUUUGCAGCACCUGCCUGCCAGCUUGGCGCAGGACCGCGAACUGAUUUUGCUGGCAGUGCUGAGCUAUCCGCAGGCCUUCCGCCUGGCACCAGAGACAUUGCAGGCGGACAAGGAGUUCAUCAUGGCCGCGGUGCUGAAAAACCCGGAGGUCCUGCGGUUCAUCCCGCAGCUCAGAGACUCCAACUUCCUCACGUCCCUGCUGACGGCGUGCCCUGCAGCCCUCGAGCAUUUGCCCGAAGCACAGGCAGACCCCAGCUUGGUCCUCCUGGCUCUGCAAACUCAACAGGCCUGCGAGCUGUCGGAGGACGACACCCCGGAGCAGCCCCGAUCUUCCAGCGCAGUGCAGCAAGGCGGCGCCCGGUCGACCCUGGCUUUUGCAGCCGCCUCCCUGCGCUCGGAUCCUCACUUCUUACUGGCCGCCUUGGCGCUGGACAGCGGCGCGCUGGCCUACGCCACGGAGGAGCUGCAAAAGAACGAGGACUUUGUGCUGGCGGCAGUCCGCGUCAACGGCCUGGCGCUCUUCGGGGCCGCCGGGGCGUUGAGGGCCUCGGAGGCCUUCGUGCGCCGCGCGGUGCGCGCGGACGGGCGCGCGCUGGCGGCGGCGGCCGAGGAGCUGCGCUCUCAAAAGGACAUCGUCCUGGCCGCUGUUUGCAGCCGCGGGGAUGCCCUCACUUACGCCAGCGAGGCUGCCCAGGCGGACAAGGAUCUGGUCCUGGCCGCCGUGAAGCGCUGGGCCCCGGCCCUGCGAUGUGCGUCCCAAAGCCUGCGGGGGGAUGCAGAGGUGGUGCUGGAAGCUGUGAAGACCUGGGGGGUGGCGCUGCAAUACGCGCUGCCUCAGGUCCGCGCCAUGCGCGGCGUCGUGCUGGAGGCUGUCCGGAAUGAUGGCCUGGCGCUGGUCUACGCAGCGGAGGCCUUGCAAGAUGACGAGGAGAUCGUCCUGGAAGCGGUGCGCCUCUGGGGCUCCGCUCUGCAGAACGCCUCGCGGCGACUGAAAAGCCACCCAGGCAUCGUGCUGGCGGCGGUGCGGCGCUGCGGCCUCGCCCUGCGCUUCGCGGAUCAGCAGCUUCGAGCUGACAAGGAGCUGGCCGCCGUGGCCUUGGCGGAAGACGGCCUGGCGCUGCCCUACGUCGCAGAGGCGCUGAGGGACGACCGGCAGCUGGUGCUGCAGGCGGUGAAAGGUCAUGGCUCUGCGCUGUCCUAUGCUUCCCAGCGGCUGCGUGCAGACAAGGCGGUGGCCCUUGCGGCGGUGAAGGCGCGCGGGGAGGCCCUGCGCUACGUGGCGCCCCAGCUGCUGGCGGACCCGGAGCUCGUGCUGCACGCCGCACGGACUUGGAGUGGAGCGCUGAGUUUAGCGGCGCCCCAGCUCCGCGCAGACCAGGACUUUGUGCGCCGGGCGGUGCAAGCGAACCUGGGUUCCGACGGGUCAGUGGCGCCCACCGACCCAGGGUGGAAUGGACUGAGCCUGUAAAGCGACAGGAGCAGCGUGGUCAAAGACACCAGCUUGUAGUUGUUGUGCAUGAAUCUCUCAAGAGCUCUCGAUAUGUCUUGUGCAAAGUCGCGAACCCAUCCCGAUGGCGCCAAAGCGCCAUACAUCGGC